GGAUUACACUGAACACUGCCGACAUUUUAUCCAUUAUGGAAAGAUUCAAGUUAAAAAAAUCUAAGUGUCCGUCACUGCACAUUCCUUGUUGCUGGCCUGUUAUCUAUGGUGAAUUUAACAAUAUUCUUUUGUUGGUCACUUGAGCAGUCAUCAAGACGUCAAUUGUUUGAAUAUUUUUCACUGGAGCAGCCAGACGACGAAUUAAUUAGUUAUCCCGCACAAGUAAUUGUGCCCAACGUACUGGAUAUAGCUUACCAACCGUGGGGGGACGAUCCUGAUUGUCGGGAAUACACCGUAGGAUUCAUCCGCAAUGGAUCUCGACCCAAGAUGGCUCUUGUGUCCUAUCCAGGGAGCGGAAAUACUUGGACACGAGGAAUCAUCGAACGACUCAGUGGCUACUUUACCGGAAGUAUCUACGCAGAAAAGAACCUCUACAUAAAAGGAUUUUACGGUGAAAUAAUGCCCGUCGAUUGUGGCUGUACUGUCGUACAGAAAACGCACGAUUUCCAAAAAUACGACUACAAGCCAUUCGUCAACAAAAGCGCCAUCCUCAUCAUCCGCAAUCCAUACAAGGCUCUUGUUUCUUACCGAAAUUUUUUAACUACUGGAAACAAUCAAACAGCAUCCGCUUCGCUAACUCAGUUCACUGGGCCAGGGUGGACAAAGUUUGUUACGAAAGAAAUCGACCGAUGGAAAACAAUCCUGUUGCGGUGGAUCCCCAAAAUCGGACAUGGGGGGAUUUUACUCUACGAAGAUUUGUUGCAAGAUAAAGAGAAUCAAUUUCGACAUCUCAUGCGAUACCUUGGCUUAGAAGUGGACGAACGCCGGUUGGAUUGCGUAAUCAAACAUGAUUUUUCUUCAUUCAAACGAAAUUCAACUCGUUCUACCAGAAAUGAAACAAUCAGGGAUCCGUUCAAUUCGGUGUUGAAAGGCAUCGUCGACAAGGAAAUUCAAAUCGUUCAGAAAGCCCUAACGGACUAUGGUUAUGAAUUAAAGCUGACGAAAGAAUAAACUCUCGCAUUGUGGCGCAACACAACUGUUCGGCAUUGUAAAA